AUGAAUUUUAGUGGUAAUAAUAAACCUUUUGGAGGAUUUGAGAUGGAAGAUAUGAAUGAAUCUGGAGGAUUUAUGAUUGAUGGGAAUGACAAUUCUUUGCAACAUAAUAAUGAAAGAAAACAAAAUACAGGUGGUGAGCAGAAGCUGGCACCAUUAAAAGUUGGUAUGAUUCUUCGAUCAUAUAGUAAUUUUGUAACUCAAAGCAGAUUUCAGCUUUUUGAUAAAGAUAUUAACUUAUUUAAGCUGGUAGGAUUUGUUAGAAAUGUUGAGCAAGAUGAUUACCCACAAAGAUUACGCUUUUAUUUAGAUGAUGGUUCAGGAUUAAUUCUAAUUGACUGGUUGGUAGAUAACACUGGGACAAAGUAUAAACAGGAUCUGGUCAAUUCUAUACACGAAGGAUGCUUUGUGAAAAUUUUUGGAGAAUUGACUUUAAUGGUAUCGGAGCCUUCAGUAAGAGCUUUUGUAGUGCGUCCAUUGGUAUGUACGGAUGAGAUUUCAUUACAUGAUAUUGAUGUUGCAAGUUAUAUAGUUAGAAGUAUAUAUGGAGGUUCUAAUGAUUCUGGAAAAGUACAAGCUACUAACUCUAACAUAAUGAUUAACAAGCAAGGAUCUAUGAAUUUUGGGAAUUCGGGAGAUCCUGUAAAGGAGUCUAAUCAGAAUGUUGUUUCCUCAAUGUUUAACUUAAGUGGACAAUUUGGAAAUAAUAACAAUAACAACAAUGGAGUUAAUUCUAACAAUUACGGGGGAAGCAACUAUAGUAAUGACCAAAAUGUCCCAAUGAAUAAACCACCAAUAAAGGUGGUUUCAGCCAUUGCACCAAAAUCUAAUCAUUUUAAUUCCGGAGCUGCGAUUCAAAACAAUCCUUUGAAGUUGAGAGAAGUCAUUUCUUCAAUAUUAGAACAGGCAUCAAGUGAAGGUAGCCCAGAAAUGACUAUAGAUGGGAUAUUUGAUUCCUUGAUUACAAGGGAUGUUCAUGUAACACAGGAAGAAAUUAGAAAUCAACUCAAGAAUUUGGUUGGUGAGGCAAAAGUUUAUCAGACUAACCCCCACACUUGGAGGGCAACAGGGUAUUAG